ACAGGCUCUCCCCCAAAACCUUUUCCGCAACCCUCCCCCGUCCCCGCAGCCAUGGAGGGCACCACCACACCGCCGCCGCAGGAGCAGCAGGCGCCCGAGCUCACCGGGGAGAAGCGCAAGAGGGAGGAGGGAUCUCCGGCGGCACCCGCCGGAGAGAAUCCAGCCAUGGAGGACACCACGCAGCCGCCCCAGCAGCAGGAGGAGGCCCAGCCCGCCGGGGAGAAGCGCAAGAGGGAGGAGGAUGAAGCGCCGGAGGCAUCCGCCGGAGACGCCGCACCAGCAUCCGCCCCCGCCGGAGAGGAGGCCACAGCCGCCGCCCCCACCGGCGAGGGCGCGCGGCACCCGAUGUCGAAGACGAGCCUGUGCUCCUUCUUCCGGCGGCGGGGGGGCGGACCGGACGGGUGCAACCACGGGGAGGCGUGCCGGUACGCGCACACGGAGGAGGAGCUGCGGCCGCGGCCCGACGGCACGUGGGACCCCACCUCCGACCGUGCCAAGAAGCUGCGCAGGGUCUCCGAGGAGGACGGGGAGGCCGUGGAGGACGAGAAGAGGGGGCGGUGGGGGCAGGAGGAGGUGACCAUCGACGACAGCUCGCUGGACAAGUGCCUCGUCGGGCUCUCCCGGCACUGGCUCACUGACAGGCUCAAAUCCUUCCUCGACGAGCAGGGAAUCUCAUAUGCAGUAGCAAAGAAGAAGAAAGGAAUGACUGUUGGUUUUGUGACAUUUGAAACUGUUGAACAACUGAAAAAUGCCGUGGAGGUCCUUAAGGAGAAUCGAUCUGGUGGGAAGCAAAUAAAGAUAGCAGAUGCCAAUCGCAGGUCUCAUCAGAAGUUGCAUUCAGAAGGACCGGUAUCUAAUAACGGAGCAGCAACAGAAAACAGUAGUGAUGCUGCUGCUCCUGAUGAGGGAACACCCGGACCUGAAGCAGGAGGAGGUACUAAAAGAACUGUGCGUGAUGCAGUUACGCCCCUUGCGCAUAUGACAUACAGUGAUCAGCUAGAGCACAAGAAAAGUUCAGUUGCACAGUUACUUAAGAAACUUACUCGAAAUGCUAAGAAAGCUUGCCCAGCUGACGUUACAUUACCAGAUUGGAUUUCCAAUGCAAAGCAAAUUGGUGGUCUUUCUUGCAAGCUUGAAGGCAUUCUAGAGUCCCCGGUGAUUGAUGGGUAUCGUAAUAAGUGUGAGUUCUCUGUGGGACAUUCCUUGGCGGGUAAAAAGACGGUAGGGUUUAUGCUUGGAAAUUUCAGGGAAGGUGUGACUGCUGUCGAGGAACCUGUGGACUGCCCAAAUGUUUCAGCAUUGUCCUGUAAAUAUGCUAUGAUGUUCCAAGAUUUCCUGCAGCUAUCAUGCUUACCUGCAUGGAAUAGAGUUGAUAAUUCUGGGUUUUGGCGCCAAUUCACAGUUCGAGAGGGAAGAAGUCCAGCUCAAGCUGUUGUUGCACAAGAUACACAAACACAAAUAUCAGAAGUCAUGAUUAUUAUCCAGGUAUGCUCAACAGGUGUUGAUGAGGCACAGAUGAAAGAUGAGUUUGCCAAGUUGACCAAGACAUUGGUGCAGGGGGCUGCAACAUGCUUACCUCCAUUGCCUCUAACAACUAUAGUAGUUCAAGAUCACACGGGAAUAUCAAAUGUAGCACCUGCUGACUGUCCACUGAUCCCACUAUUGGUGCCAGAAGUGGACCAAUCAGAAGAGGGGGCAGUGGAUAAAACAAGAAUCCAUGACCACAUUAGCAAUCUUCGGUUCUCUCUAUCACCAACAGCAUUUUUUCAGGUUAAUACUCUUGCUGCAGAACGAUUGUACACCCUUGCUGGUGAUUGGGCCAAUCUCAAUUCGGACACAUUACUUUUUGACGUAUGCUGUGGGACUGGAACAAUUGGCCUGACAUUAGCACACCGUGUUGGAAUGGUUGUUGGCAUUGAAAUGAAUGAAUCAGCAGUUGUGGAUGCUCAGAGAAAUGCUCUUAUUAACGGUAUAAAAAAUUGCCGUUUUGUCUGUGGGAAGGCUGAAGAUGUGAUGGGGUCUCUUCUCACAGAGUAUCUUGGUUCGCCACAGCAGCACAUUGCAGCUUCUGAAAGUAAUUCAGAAGUUAAUGCUGCAGGAAAAAAAGAGGAUAUAGUUGAUGGUGCAGAGAAUAAUGGUAAAAGUAUGGACAGCUUAACAGAGGAAAAUGACAAUGGUGAAAGUCAGCAGCUGGGAGACAAAUCAGCUAAUCAUCCCACUUGUUCUAGCAAAGAGUUGGAAGGUGGACAUGAGCAAUGCAAUGAGGCUGUUCGUAAUCAAAACAGCGAGGAAGCAUCAUCAUUGGUCAAUGAUGAGUCCGUUGAUGCAAAAGCAGCUGACGGUUCGGAGCACAUCAAAACAUCUAAUAAUGAUGUGCUUGCAGCUAUUGGAUGUCAGUUCAAGAACUUUGUUGCUAUUGUAGAUCCUCCGCGUGCUGGGCUCCACCCUACUGUGAUCAAGGUAUUGAGAACUCAUCCGCGCAUCCGUCGUCUAGUGUACAUUUCCUGCAAUCCAGACACUCUAGUUGCCAACGCAAUCGAGCUCUGCACCCCGUCGACCGAGCACAGGGAAAAGAACAAGGGCCACCGUGGAUGGCGAAACAUGAGCAGCGCCGGCCUCGCGAGGCAGAGGACCAAGUCGAUGCCCAACUCGGAGCCCUUUGUCCCCAAGAGGGCCAUGGCGGUCGACCUGUUUCCCCACACCUCGCACUGCGAGAUGGUCAUGCUCUUCGAGAGGUGAACGAAGCAGCCAUUGUUCAUUUAAUCCUUAUCACUUUAGACAUGUUGAUCUCCAUUGAGGACCUAUUAAGAAAAAAAAAUCAUGCUCAUCUUGUUGUACCAAAUGUACCUGACCUAGAACUGCAGUAGUCAAGUGGAGACCUGUGUUGCUAUUCUCA